ACGACAACGGCUGGGUGUCUUAUUAGAAACGAAAGAGGAAGAAGCGGCGAAGGAAGUGUAAUAAUAUUAGAUAAUUAUUUAAAAGGACUAAUGCAGGAGUUUUUUUGAAUUUAUAGUGAAACGGCAAGAUAUAAACGAAUAUUUCAAAAAAUAACGGUGACAGUGUUACUAGAGAGAAAAAGAGUAAAAGUUUAGUUAAAAACAUUACAUAAGAUCAACAUCGAAUUUCGCCGUAAGCAAUGGCUGGCCAGAAAGGAUCUAACAGUAGCUGCAAUGUUGUAAAAAAUGAACUGCUUGGGGACUCACACGAUCCAGUUUAUGUGGACACCUAUAAUCGCUCCAUUUCGAAUCCAAGCGAAUUUUGGGGCGAACUUGGACGUUUAGUCGAUUGGUCUAAGCCAUGGGAGCGCGUUAUGGACAACAGUAAUCCACCAUUCACGAAAUGGUAUAGCGGUGGAUACCUGAAUGCCUGUUACAAUGCUGUGGACCGGCAUGUGCUCAAUGGAAAUGGCAGUAAAGUUGCGCUGAUAUAUGACAGCCCGUUGACGAACACCGUGCGCCAUGUCACCUACCAGGAGCUCUAUGAUCAGGUUACAGUUUUCGCUGGCGGUCUUGUGAGCUUGGGUCUUCAAAAAGGCGAUCGUGUAGUUAUCUAUAUGCCUUUGAUUCCGGAGUCAAUUGUCGCCAUGCUAGCCACUGUACGUUUGGGUGCUAUACACUCCGUUGUAUUCGGUGGCUUUGCCGCCAGCGAGCUUUGCACACGCAUUGAGCAUGCAGAGCCAAAGUUUAUACUUUCGGCAAAUUGUGGCGUCGAGCCUGGCAAGGUAGUGCCCUAUUUAGACAUAUUGCAUGACGCUGUUGAAAUGUCGAACUGGAAGCCGGUUUGCAAUAUAAUUUACAUACGAGAUAAUAUAUUACGUAGCUCCAAUUUGAACUGGAAAACAGAUAUGCUUUGGGAGACGGUAUUACAUUUGGGCGCGCCAGUCGAUUGUGUGCCUGUCGAAGCCAAUGAACCACUGUAUAUACUAUAUACGUCGGGUACUACAGAUAAACCGAAAGGUGUGCAACGACCAACCGGCGGUCACUUGGUCUCAUUGAUUUAUACGAUUCAAAAAAUUUAUGGCAUCAAACCGGGUGAUGUGUGGUGGGGCGCUUCUGAUUUGGGUUGGGUUGUCGGACAUUCGUACAUAUGUUAUGGUCCACUCUCAUUGGGUGCGACAAGUGUGAUGUAUGAGGGUAAACCAGAUCGCACACCUGAUCCAGGCCAAUACUUUAGAAUAAUCGAGCAACAUCGCGUGAAUGCGCUCUUUUCGGUACCCACAGCUUUCCGUGUUAUACGUCGUGCUGAUCCUGAAGUCAAAUAUGGACAAAAGUAUUCACUUAAAUCCCUGCGCUCCAUAUUCAUUGCUGGCGAGCAUUGCGAUAUGGAAACGAAGAGUUGGAUGGAAAGGGUUUUUAAAGUGCCGAUACUGAAUCAUUGGUGGCAGACAGAGUCGGGAUCACCAGUUACCUCAACAUGUAUCGGUUUCGGACAUAGUCUCAAUCCACCUAAGUACACAACUGGAUUACCGUUUAUUGGUUAUAACGUUAAGGUACUGAAACCAGAUGGUCAAGAAUGUGAAACCUCCAAGUUGGGACGUAUUGCAUUGAAGCUACCGCUUCCACCAGGAUUCAUGUCAACCCUUUAUAAAAAUGAUGAACUCUUCAAGAAAAUAUAUUUUCAGAAAUAUCCGGGCUACUACGACACCAUGGAUGCUGGUUAUAAGGACGAGAACGACUACGUAUAUGUGACGGCACGCGAUGAUGACGUUAUCAACGUGGCUGGCCAUCGCAUUUCCACGUCAAGUUUAGAAGAUGCCGUACUAAGACAUCCCGACGUAGUCGAUGCAGCUGUAUUUGGAGUUCCUGAACCGACUAAAGGUCAAGUCCCGCUAUGUCUUUAUAUACCAAAAGAGGAUACCCGGAAGACUGAAGCGAAAUUGUCAACGGAAAUUAUCAAAAUUAUACGUGACGUUGUUGGACCAAUCGCUGCUUUCCGAUUGGUUGCGCCAGUGGAAGCACUACCGCGUACACGUUCUGGCAAGACGAUGCGUAAGGCUAUGGCAGAUUUCGCAAAGAAUGAGUUGAUCCAUCUACCAUCUACCAUUGAAGAUCCGUAUGUUUUUGGUGGAUUAAGACGUGCGUUGCAAACCUUGGGUUACGCAAUGAAUGCGCCCGAUCCAGCUUUGUCUAUUAAAAAUUAAAUGCAAAUCAAUGAAAAUUACACUCAAAGAAGGGAUCAGAAAAAAAAAUAUUUUUUACAUAAGUAAUAUUCUUUGUUGCUUUUAAAAAAUAAUUUAUUAGCAAGUGAGUUAAUCAAGUAACUAUAUUAAAUGUAAAUACUAAAUAUGUACGAGCUAUUGUAAAGUUGAA